AUGUCAGAAGCGCCCAAAUCGCCUGGCUUUCAGCCAACGGCGGUCGAGGACCCUGCUGUCCUCCGAGAUGAGGGCCCCGACGCGAACUACAAAGCCAAAGCGGAGGUUCUCAACCAUGCGAUUCAGACGAUCGGAAUGGGCCGAUACCAAUGGCAGCUGUUUGUGGUGAUCGGAUUCGGUUGGGCGAGCGAUAACCUAUGGCCAAUUGUCACCUCCCUGAUUCUCCCCGCAGUGUCGAACGAGUUUCAUCCUUCGAAAGCCCCGAUGUUGACACUUGCGCAAAAUAUCGGGCUGCUGGUGGGUGCUGUAUUCUGGGGAUUCGGAUGCGAUGUGUUCGGUCGCAGAUGGGCGUUCAACUUGACGAUCGGAAUUACAGCGGUGUUUGGCCUAGUUGCGGCGGGGUCGCCCAAUUUUGCGGCCAUAUGUACAUUUGCCGCCUUGUGGUCUGUCGGCGUCGGAGGGAAUCUGCCGGUUGACUCGGCCAUCUUCCUUGAGUUUUUGCCUGGAACACAUCAGUACCUGUUGACUAUCUUGUCAAUUUACUGGGCUUUAGCGCAGCUGCUCGCCACUUUGAUCGGUUGGCCGCUACUUGGGUAUAAGACUUGUGGUUCAGCAGACGGCUGCACGAAAGCUGACAACAUGGGAUGGCGAUGGUUCAUGAUCACAAUGGGUGGCAUCGCAAUGCUGAUGUUCGUCGGUCGGUUCGUGUUUUUUACGAUCUUCGAGUCGCCCAAGUACCUCAUGGGAAAAGGGAGGAACGAGCAGGCCGUGCAAGUGGUCCAUGAAGUUGGUAGAAGGAAUGGAAAACCGUCUGAUUUAACAAGCCUCGAGCUCGAUGCCUUGGACCAGGGCGAGAUACAGCAUUUCAGCGCGGCAAAUAUUGUCCGCCAACGCCUAGAAACCGUGCGGUUUGAUCACAUCCGCGCCCUGUUCAAUACCCCCAAGCAAGCAUGGGCCACGACCUUGAUUAUCCUUGUCUGGGCAUUCAUCGGUCUGGGUUUUCCACUGUACAAUGCGUUCCUUCCAUACAUCCAACAGUCCCGAGGCGCCGAAUUCGGCGAUGGGUCGACCUACAUCACGUAUAGGAACUCGUUAAUUAUUGCCGUGAUGGGCAUCCCGGGCUGUCUGAUCGGUGGAGUGCUAGUCGAAUUACCAAGCUUUGGCCGGAAAGGCGCUCUCAGCACUUCGACGGCUAUAACUGGAGCCUUCCUCCUCGCGUCAACAACUGCCACCACAUCAAAUGCUCUGUUAGGUUGGAACUGCGCCUUUAAUUUCAUGAGCAGUCUCAUGUAUGCCGUGUUAUACGCAUACACGCCUGAGAUAUUCCUCACCAAGGACCGUGGUACAGGGAACGCACUCACCGCGUCUGCGAAUCGCAUCUUUGGUAUCAUGGCUCCUAUCAUUGCCAUGUUCGCCGAUCUCACCACCGCUGCUCCUGUUUACGUUAGCGGGGCGUUGUUUAUCGCGGCGGGCAUUCUUGUGCUGUUUAUGCCAUAUGAGUCUCGCGGAAAGUCGAGUCUGUAG